CAGACCAACCAAAAUGGACGGUUUUUACAUACAGAAAGAGCGACAUAUUCAUUGAAUGGUGGAUUAGUUAAAUAGGCCGGGAGAAGUCAGGCAUGAGAGGUGGAUAAAUGCGUGUGUAGUUGACAAUGGCAACAGGAUCUGGCGUCAGUACGCAUAAUGACCAGCUUCAAAACCCACGCUAUAAGGACUGGGUAAAAGCAGGUCUUAGUCUCAAGUACUUCAAAGAUGGGAUUGAAGUAUUUGUAGACACGCGUUUAAGGUUACAGCAAGAAAGUCUGCUGAAUGUCCUGAAGAGAGGACUAAACCUUGCAUCAAUCGAUUGUGACGAAUGUACGUUACAGAACCUGUUGCCCCAUAAAUCCCGUAGCUGUGGUAGAGGAAAGUUAUGUCUUUGUUACACGCAUCAGACAAGACGGACCUGCCCAAACAGAGUAUGCGGAAGAUUAAACGAUCAGAUCACUUUGCAGCACCGUUAUGGUUCCCCUUCGUGGUAUAAUACCGACUUCGCCAAGUGGUGCUCAAACCAUUGGGAAAUCGGAAAAUGUUACCUAGACAGGAAAGGUUACAAGGAGAGGACAUCUGCUGUUGAUACAGAUUGCAAAGGACUCCUUGACAUAAUUAUCAAUGACAUGUUUAUUCACGGGUUUAUAGACGUUCCAAUUGACCCUCCUAACGACUAUUUUUCUAAGAUAAAGACGGCACGGAAUGAAAUUCUACAUUCUCCGAAACUGGAGGUUACUGAUGAUGCUUUGCAAGAUCUAAUCGAGAAUAUGACAAAGGCUCUAGAGGACAAGAAAUAUCUCGGCAGCAGUCAUCAAGCAAAGAACGCUAUUCAAAAACUGUCAUUGCUGAAAAGUGAACGCUUUAUCAUAAAUAGUCAUGAUGAAAUGGAGGUUCGAGAAUCAGCGUUAAAUGCAAUCAGAGAAGCAAAAGAGGAAGCGCUUGAAUGUUUGGAAGACAAACAAGCUGAAAUAAUGCAAAACAUACAAGUGGACAAAAUAAAGAACGACAUUGAGAAACUGAAAGAAUCGGUUGAAUCUAUGGCAACAAAACAAACAAACAAUGAAUUACAACUAAAGACUCUGAAUGCAAUUGAAGCAAAACAGACAACAUCCGAGGCGGAGAUGUCUACAAUAAAGCAUAAACUAAGUUCAUUGUCAAAUGCACAGAAUGUGCUAGAGGCUAGGUUGAACUCUGUCAAUACUGCUGUAAAUACCCUCCCAACUGUAAAUGCUAGACUUGAUUCCAUAGAGGAGGCGCAGAGAAAGUUAGAUACAGAUGUGACAAGCUUUAAGGAUAUUCAAGACCACGUGCUUGUUAAAGUCAAAGAGAUACAGAAUGACAUUUUGCAGUUAAAGACAAGAUUAAAAACGAAAGAAAAUACCGAGCGCCUUCACCAGGAUAAAAUAGAUUAUCUAAAGAAAAAGUCUGAAUUGCAACGGUGUUUAUGUGAUUUGUACAAAAAGUAUCUAUCAACAAUUCCAGUGUCUCCUGUAUUGGAAGAAAUAGAUGCCCACAUAGAAGACAUAUAUGUAGCUCUAACAGUUACAGAUGAUCUUGUGUGCAAGGUUACAUGGGAUAACCGUGCUGUACCUAGAGAAGUUCAUGGUUAUGCAGAUAUUCUUUCAAAGAAUGAUAAUCUCUGUAAGAACGUUUAUGUUAUUGGGGAUGCUGGUAUUGGCAAGACCACUUGGUGUAUGAAAGUGUUACGAUCGUGGUCUAUUGCAAUUGACAAGUCUGGCUCAUCGCCAUUGUCAGAAAAUGAACAAUUUUUAUCAGAAAACUUUGAUAUAGUAUUGUUUGUGUCACUUCGACUUGCCGUAACACACUGCAAUAUUUCUGACAUGAUUAAGGGCCAAUUGUUUGAGGAAUAUCCGGGUAUGUAUGAAAAUGCUUUAAAGAUAAUACAAAAUGAGCCGGAGAGAUGCUUGAUAAUUUGUGACGGAUUUGAUGAAUGGAUACCUCAGGGACCUAUAGUCAAUCAGUCGCCAUUGUAUCAUGCAGAUCUCCCUGGAAGAAAAGAUCUCAACGGUGCAGUAAUAGUGACCACAACAAGACCGUGGAAACUUGACAAGAUACGGCUCUCUGACAAGCACAUUGAUCGUUCUGUUACGAUAGAGGGUUUUUCUACGCAUGAAAAGGUCAUGACCUUAGCCGUCAAGCUAAUUGACCACUUGAAUAUGAGAAAUGUAAGUAAUAACAAUAUCUCAAGAACUUUGGUAAACUUUGAAAAUGAUUUAAAAGCUUCCUUUCGAUUGCAAACUACAAGGCCUACAAUUUUAAAAUCACCUUUGUUAUCAACGUAUGUUGUUUGCAAGUGGUAUGAUGACGGAACAUUAGGCAGUAAUGUGGCACUAAAUUACAUGAAUAUUUUUCAAUUUCUUUUUGACCAUUCUGAGAAGAAAUAUAGCGUUAAAAUUGAACAACAAGUUAAAGAAUACAAAAACGUUCCAAGCUGUAUAACAGAUCGACCUAGUUGUGUGAAGAACACGCAUUAUCUUGAGAAACUUGCAAGUUUUGCAUUCGGAGCAAUGAUAAACGAUCAAGGUAAAAGUAAAUUGAUAUUUUCAAAACAAGAUCUAAAUCAGAGAUUAUCAGAUGAUGAUCUUACAUUUAGUAUCAAAACAGGGAUAAUUUCUCAGUCUAGAUCAGUUGGAAAGAUUUUAACAAAGGAAUGUAGAUUGACAUUUCUACAUAAAUCCAUCCAAGAAUUUCUGUCCGCACUUCACAUUGUGUAUGAAAUCGGAAAUGAUCGUACAGAGGCCGUUGCCCGGCUUUUCGGACAAUGCAGUUCUAAAUCUAAACUUGACGAGUAUGAAAACAUAAUUUUACUCACUUGUGGUUUAGACAGAAAGUCCAGUAGUGUCAUAUCAACGCAUUUAGCGGACAUUGCCGAUUCAGAACUAAAAUUUAACAAAUAUAGAGUACCAUCCACUUUAGAUCUGAUCAUAAAAUGUGCAGAAGAGGUUGACAGUUCGAAAAAUGAGAGUUUUGGCACUCAAUACAGAAAGUAUGUCAUUAAAACACAUAUGAUAUAUUUUGGAACUGGUAACUCUACAGAGUUACUCAAACGUAUGGAUAGCUUAUUUGAAUGCAACAAGGAGAACAUAACGACCGUGGAUCUGACUAUCUGCUUUGAAUCCAACGUUCAAGAUAAAUUAGAAAGAAAACAAUCAUUUUGUUCUAUUUUAAGAAACAUUCCUAAAGCUGUUCUUUUAAGAACUCUCAAAAUAGAAAACACUAGCAACACUCGAGGUAGCGAUGUAGAUAUAGGAAAAUAUUUGUUAUCUUUCAAAGACUUAAUUUAUAUUGAAGAGAUUGUUUAUGUUGAUGAAUAUUGUAAGCCAAUAACAAUAGAUUUAUCAUCAAGCAGAAAACUUACAAAGCUAGUUUUAGUUGUAUGUUUGGACAAACUUGUGAUAAACUCAAUACUGUGCAUGGAACUUAUGGAUGUUAAAUGUUUGCAGAGUAAAACAUCCCAAAGAGACUUUAUUUUGGUAUAUAUUUCAUCGGGAAUGACUAUGAAAAAGCUAAGUAUUUGUAACUUAAGUUCAAGUAAAAUUAUUGUAAAAACGAGUGGCCUUGUUCAAGGACAACAGACGACUUAUCCAAACGGAAUGAAAACAUCGCGUUUAGAGAAUGUCAACGUCGGGUUUUAUAAACAAUCAGUAACAAAAUUCGGCCAUAUAUAUAAUAUUGACAUUGGUGACUUUCAUGAAGAAUCAUUAGAGUCUCAACUUCUGGGAGUUAGAAUAAGGCAAAGGACACCUGUAAAUCUUCAAAGUCUAUUUCGACUCUUUAAGGAGUUCAGUGAUGACGGUUUUGACAACUUGAAUCGGAUCUUAUCUUCGCUACCAUGCUUAGAAAUGCUGGAGGUGAAAUUGCCAGGCUUUCUUAUUGAUAUUGGGCAAUUGCAACAUCUCAAAGGCAUAAAAACAUAUAUUUAUCACAUAGCCGAGCUGCAAAACUUCUUUACGAAACUACAUCAUGCAAAGGGCCUAAACACUCUCGAAGUCAACAUAGUAAACCUUAUGUUUCGAGACAAAGAAAUGUUUUGUUUGCAAUUUUGCGCUGAUUUCAAUAAAACAUCUGCUGGAACCGCUGGUUACUUACAUCUUUAUCAAUUCCUGAUUCAACAGAGUGACAAGUGCAAUACAGAUGAUCUGAUCGACAUUGGCGAAUUAAAGAAAGCUUACCUGGAUGUGUUUACAUGCAGUCAGAAAAAGUCUCAACUUGAAGCAUAUAUAUCUACUGUGUAUUUUAGGUAUUCUGACUUUGAUACUGCAUCAAUGAGAAGUUUGUUAAAUUUGACCACUCUGAAGCUUGGAGGAGUAACACAGGAUAUGUUCAUAAGAAUAGGCGAACAAUUUCAGUUUCUUCCACACCUAAGCAAAAUCGAGCUAAAUGGUUUACUAUGGCUGUAUAUUGAUGCUGAGCGAGUCUUUGGAUGCUUAAAAACUUUGGUAUCGUUGAGAUACUUAACGGUGAGAAAUGUAUCACAUGCCUGUUACCGAGCAAUAGGUGCGAUGUUCUCACACCUUAGGUAUUUGCAUUCAUUUGAAGUUGAAGAAAUUGGUGACAGGUUAUGCCCUGUAAUGCUAAAACAGAUACCAGAUAUCUUUGCUCUUCGGUCUCUUACAUGUUGGGCAUUAUCGCACAAGCAUUGUAGAGUUUUGGCGAACGUUCUAAAAAAAAUGACACACUUAGAAAACUUUUCAUGCGGAGGUUUUGAGGAGUAUUGGUAUGGCUACAUGUAUUUUGAAUUUAAUCUUCUGAAGAGCUUGAAACAGAUAAGCAUUUCAAAGCUUGAUAUUGAAUUAGACCAGUGGCACAUUUUUGAGAAAAAGCUUCCAACUACUAAAUGUACGGUAAAGUUAAAUGACGUUUCAGUUUGUCAAGACGAUGUUGUUGAGUACAUGAAAUGUUCUAGUAGACUCACAUCCCAAUGCUGGGAAGCAGUCGGACCAUAUGUAUACAGCAUUCAGUUCAUUGUUAAUGAAAGUACGAGCCAUAUAGAUGACCAGUAGGAAAUAUUAUUUUUAAAAAGUGUUAAAAGCCACAUGUUUGACUUGAAAUGUGGAUAAACACUUACAUAGAGAAUUCGAUAAUUGUUUUAUAUAAAGGUAAAGCAAGGGUAGUCUACAAAUGAAAAUAUUUACUUUUGUUUAUCAAAGUUAAACAAUGUAAAUAAAAAACCUUUUGAACCUUGACAAUACACGUAUUCAUAAACGUUUUUAUGUUCAUUGUUGGUAGAGCAAUUUUAUGUAAGUUAGAGUUAUUUGUUAAUAAAGUUAAUUAAUAAUUCUGUGUUAUGGCUUCCAAUUUUCGUUUUCACAUCAUUCUUCUAUACAUGUAUAAAU